ACGGCGCUGACGCGUGCGAACGCCAAGUUGCUUGCCGCAGGAAACUCAAGCAGUGAAAAUGCACUCUUUUCUGACACUCUGUCCCGCUGUGAAACUCCGAGUCCCUGAGAGAAGCUCGGGUGUCCCCGCCGUUAGCUGCCAGGGGUCAUGCUGCCUCGAGUCUAGCUUGUCCUUGCGUACCAAAGUCACGUGCUGCGCGUUCACGAUGACGUCGAUGCCCUGCGCUCAAUAUUGCAGUGGACGCGACACACAGUCUACAAGACAGCAAAUCCAACUGUACACAAGCAGCUUGUUACAUUAAACGGUCCCUCGUAAGCACAAUCAGAAUGGCCGACAAGCGAAUUUCUUUCAAGGUUGAUGGCGAGGUGCAGGGCGUGAACUUCCGAUCAUUCACGACCAAAAAAGCCCACAGUCUCGGGGUCACAGGCUUUGUCACCAAUGUAUCAGAUGGCACGGUGCAAGGUGAAGCUCAAGGCUCAUCCCAAGCACUCAAAGAGUUCAUCCAGCAUCUCAGCAAGGGGCCCUCCGCUGCUAGCGUGAGCAGCUUAGAGCAAAAUGACAUCGCGACCAAGUCUGGGGAGAGCGGUUUCAACGUCAAGUAACCCGCUUGGUGACUGCUUCGAUUUGCGAUAUCGCCCGCAAGCCCCAUUGAGAAAGAACUGCGGCCAACGAUAGUAAUUGAUACAUGUGUAACAUCACUUCCACAGAACCUAUUUGUACACUCUGGAAUGACAAAGCCGCAUCCAGAGGUAUAAGUAAGCACUUGUACACAAUGAGGAUAAUGACAGCACCAGCAAGUGGUCGAUUUGUUUCUACCAGGCACAGUGGCUGACACAGAAAGUGGGAUUGUAGGCGCGUACCUCAUCCUGUGCCAACUCACUCUGUUGUACUUUUGUGGAUCUAUAGGGGGAUUAGCCAGCAUGAUUGUUCACACUGUAGGAGAUCGGUUAUCGACCACUGUAAAGAGACAAUUCUGCUCUUGUCUGUCGAAAAGAAACCAUUUCGGCAGC